CGUCAUCAAGCUGCGGCUACGAUUUUCCUGUAGAAGUGUGUCAAUGUCAGCUGCUGUGCAGGAGGUAUUUGCUGGAAUCUAGACAGAGAGCGAAAAGGAGCCUGUACUACAAUGAGCACAGUAAUAUUGAGACCCCAGCUCAGGCUGAAGUACUUAAAUAGAUUGCAAGUAAUUAUCCAACAUCUGAGUAUGUCAAAGCAUACAGGUCCAGAAACAGAAGUACUCCUGACAAAGACUGGCUGUGCAGGAGUUAUCACUUUGAACAGACCAAAGGCUUUAAAUGCACUAAACCUUGGCAUGAUUAAGCAGAUUUAUCCUCAGUUGAAGCUGUUACGGAAGCAGGGAAAGCGGGAGAAAGUCUUGCUCAAGACUUUUUCCGAGAAGAAUACAUCCUGAACAAUGCCAUUGGUACAUACAAAAAACCCUAUGUGGCUCUAAUUGAUGGAAUUACAAUGGGAGGUGGUGUUGGUUUAUCAGUCCAUGGAGAUUUCAGAGUGUCUUCUGAGAAGACCUUAUUUGCGAUGCCAGAGACUGGAAUAGGACUUUUCCCUGAUGUUGGAGGAGGCUAUUUCUUACCGCGUCUUCCAGGAAAAAUUGGUUUAUAUAUUGCUCUUACUGGAUACAGGUUAAAGGGAAGAGAUGUACAGAAAGCAGGGAUUGCCACCCACUUUGUGAAUACUGAUAAGAUUGCUUCCCUUGAGAACGAUCUUACCAGCUUAAAGUGCCCUUCAAAAGAUGACAUUGCCAGUGUGCUUGACACCUACCAGAAAAAGAGUGAUGAUGGUGUGGAUAAGCCGUUUGUACUAGCAGAACACCUGGACAAGAUAAACAGUUUAUUCGACACAAACAGUGUAGAAGAAAUAUGUGAAAAACUUAAGCAAGACGGAUCAUCAUUUGCUACUCAGCAGCUCAAGACACUUGCACAGAUGUCUCCAACCUCAUUAAAAAUAACCUUCAGGCAGCUACGUGAAGGCUCAUCUAUGACUUUGCAAGAAGUAUUAACUAUGGAGUACAGACUAAGCCAGGCCUGCAUGAGAGGACACGAUUUCUAUGAAGGCGUACGUGCUGUGCUAAUCGACCGAGAUCAAAAUAAACAGUGGAAGCCAGCGGUAUUGGAAGAGGUGACAGAUGAAUAUAUUGAUAGUUGUUUUGCAUCGCUUGGAAGCAGCGACCUCAAGUUGUAAUAUAGCCAUCUUCAUGCUGUAUGGGUGUAGGAUCCCCGGUUUCAGUUAUAAAUAUCUUCAGCAUCUCAGGCAAGAACUUGUUGAUGUUGGUUGAAUAAUAUACUGUUGUUGAUUGUAUACUCAACACUCUCCAGUCUAAAAUAAAAGUGUCUUUCUUA